CGUAUGGCUGCCACCAGGGGGUGCACAUGAGUUCAAGAGCUCAUGAGAACGAAAACAUGGACCUCACAAAAAAGAAAGACCGCACCGAGACAAGGAUGCAAGACCUGAAAAUUUUACAGCUUUAAAGAGAAGACUAUCGUCAUUUCAGAGCAAAAUUUCAAUGAGCUCAUCCUCGAGCUCAUCCUCAUGAAUCCACCAUCGGGUCCAGUGGGACCUCCUCCCUGCCACUGGCGCCCGCCGGCACAUGCGCGCACCUCACCCUGCUGAGUUAUAGUGUUUGCAUGUUGACAUGGUGCGCCUGGAAUGGGACACCUCACUUCUGUGUAUACGCUUGGCUGGAGCGCUACUGCUGCUUUAUUCAUCCUGUUUGGGAUCGUAUUGGAGAGCACGCCACAGGAGAGACUCAUCAAAGCGCCGAAGCUAACGUCAUUUGAUUCAGCCGCCGUGCCGCCGCCAACACUUUGGCGUCCACCUCAACUAAACUUUGCAGAAAUGCGAUCUGAAAAUGAACCUGAUAGUGCAGCCCAGAUGAAUUACUCAUUUCUGUUUUGCUGUUUUGCUUGAAAAGAGAGAGUGGCGCAUGGAGAAAUGCUGAUGCCACCUGAAGGUGUCAUCGUGCCAGAUAUAAGAGCUGAUGGCUGCUUAUCGACUGUGGACAACACGCCAACUGACUAACGACGGUUUAACAUUUGGUGUGAUAUGUUGCAUGCGAUGGCGUUACAAGACCUGUGCAACUUCCACAGUGGACAUAAAACUGGACGUGUGACUUGUGGGUCUGUUAGCCAUAAUGCACCGUUUGACUUCUAUAUCCCAGCUGCAGAGUGUGUUCACAUAAGUAUGCACUUUGCACUAUCUUGGAGCACCUCAACGCCUUCUCAACCACCUUUCACCAUGUCUCACGGCACCACCACCUUGGCCUUCACCUUCAAGGACGGCAUACUGGCAGCGGCGGACACUCGAUCCAGCUGCAGUGGCCUGGUGGCCAGCCCGGACUCCCAGAAGGUGGAGCCCAUCCACAGCCACCUGGUGAGCACGAGCUCGGGCACCUCGGCCGACUGCGCCCUCUGGAAGCGGAUACUGGCACGGGACCUGUGGCUGUACCAGCUCAGACACGGAUGCCGGUUGUCCACCGGCGGUGUCGCCAAGCUGCUCUGGCACAUGCUCCUCCCGUUUAAGGGGAGCGAGUUGUGCAUGGCCACCACCUUGUGCGGCUGGGACCGGGGGCCCGGCCUGUUCUACGUGUGCAGCGAUGGGACUCGCCUCCAGGGAACGCUCUUCUCUGUGGGCUCGGGAUCACCUUACGCCUACGGCAUCCUGGAUCAAGCACUUCAAUGGGGGAUGACAGUGGACGAGGCCACGCUGGUUGCAAGGGAGGCCGUGUAUCGAGCAGCCCACCGGGAUGCGUACUCCGGCAACUGUGUGGACGUCUAUCACAUCUCCUCAAAGGGAUGGACCCGCAGGAGACGAGAGGACUUGAGAGAUGAGUUUUACAGAGAGAAGACCAGAAAGGAAACUUUAGAAUGAGCUCACUGGGAUGGACUUAGUCAUCAUAUUUUCACAUUUCUUUUUAUUGAUUUUAAAUUGGUUAUGCAGCAAUAGAAACAGUAAUUCCACUGAUCUCUUCCAUGAGCCCGUCAUCUAACAUGUUUAAUUUUUAUUAAUGUUUAAUUCAUGUUUAAUUUUUAAUUUUUAUUUUAUUUAUUUAAUUUUUAUACUAUUUUUAUUUUAUUGAGUGAGCUCCAAGAAUUUGGACAAAAUGCAUAUCUAAUAUGAUCCAAAAUGUCAUUCCUUUGGCAAGCUAUUAACUUUUUCUUUGGCUUUUUCUGGACUCUACAAUGGAUGUUUGGAUAAGUAGAAGAACAAAAAUCUGACCACGCACUGUGGCUACGUAGACCGUAAAGGCUGUGAUAAGUUGGCUCCCCCAACACCUUGUUCUCUGAUUUUGGAUCAACAUUUGCAAUAAAAUUGAUGGUUGUGAUAAAUGG